AUGUUGUUCGCAUCUCUAUCCAUCCACACAUCCGCCAUCUUCACCUUCACUCCGACAACAAAUACCAAAAAGAAAAUGAAAACACCCGUGCUCAUUGUCAUCAUCGCCUCGGUCGUGGUCCUCUGCACCCUCCCAGCCCUCUACGUCUUCCUCGCGUACCACACGUACAGGGAGCGCCAGAGGUGGAAGGUGGACCACGACAUGGCGCUCGACAAGAUGGAGGCCGAGGGCCGGCGCAACCCGCGGGCCGCAAGUGCAGCAUCCCACAGCAUCUCCUCCUCAUCGGGCCUGGGCAGGGCUCCAUCCGCCCAGCACAGCCACCACCGCCAGCAGCAGUCGUCCGCCCCGGCGCGGCCGGCCCCAGCCCAUAACCCCCGGUGGGCACCGCCGCGCCCGCCACGGGAACUGGAUGUGUUCAAGAGCUCACGCGACCAUCUGUCAUCACAGGCCGACGCCGCGCCGCGCGCCGUACCUCAGGGCAGCGGGAGGAGUAUCAAUAGGCCCGCACCGGGCUCGACGACCACGAGGAAGAGCAGCGGAGCCGGCAAGAGCAGCAGGGCCUCCGGGAAGCAGAAGCAGCAGCAGCAGCAGCAGCAGGAGCAGCGGCCAUCGUCUUCGGCGGUAGGAGCGGGGUGUGGCAACAUGGCGCCAUCCGAGGAGCAGCUCAGCGCAAUUGCCGUCGCGAAAGAGGAAGAAGCGGGGAAAGACGACUACCAGGGCAACGAGGAGCUGGCGCAGAAGCUGCUGAAGCCGAGGAGGCGCGCGCAGAUAGAUGUGUGGGUGGGCGAGACCGUGAGCCGAUGGGAAGCGCAGCGCUGUGCUGCCGGGAGGAAGUUCGGCCACCGUUCUGACCCGCCCACGCCCUCUGCCAUGGGACAGCCCGGCUUGGGUCCGCGCUCGGCGCCACCAGUGGACGGUGAUGAUUGCAUCUGCCCGGUCUGCGGCCGGCCCUUCGACGACAAGAAACCCGUCGUGACCCAGCCAGAGCGAGCACACCAACAGCCGGACGGGGCAAAGCCGGGAAAGGGCAAGCACAUGAUCCGCGGGAUCAGGGCGGCCAUGGGCCACCUAAAGGCCAGGGAUGGCGGCAGGGGCGGGGAGAAGGGCAGGGCCGAGGAGGGCUGGGACCGCGCGUUGUCGACGCAGAUGUUCCUCGCUGACGCCAGCGAGUACGGCAGCUCCACGGACACCAAUCACUCGAGCUUCCCGUUCGGCGGAGGCGACAAUAAGGAGCUUGGGGAGCGCAUGGCGCGCUUGAGGAGGGUGCAGAAGUUGCUAGACAGGAGUCAGCCAGGCGGUGAAAAGGCUCGGUGCACAGAGAUACUGCUCUAG